AUGGAAGCAAAAGAUUUAGAUGAUGUCACAAAUCUAAAUCCCGAACACUUGAGAUACUGUCUCAAAAGUCUGGGCCGCUACAUCCCCGGACAUAUCCACGACACAAUACCUGCUGAAGAAGCGAUACCUUUGGUAAUAGAUCAUAUAUCCAGCGUUCAUGGAUAUGAACACGAGAAUCUACCAAAUAUUCCGAUCCGUCGAAUGAAAAAGCAGAACGACAACGAUUUUAAGCUUCAAAUGAGCUUAGUCGAAGACGGCAUCCUCCUCCCUUCUACGAAUUUCUUCGUUUCGAAUCUCAUCAUGUUUCGCCGAGCCGUUGAAUUCUGCAUGCACGAUUUGUGUUUAACUCUGCUAGCGUACAAAGAAGGCGCUCCACUUUUAGUCUACAAAGAAGAAGAAGAAACAAGCACGAUAGAAAUAGACAUUGGUCUGAAGAAAAUGAUCGAAAUCUACCGCGGCCGUCCGGAAAUAACGAUCUGGCAGGAGCUCAGGCGCCUUUUCAGAGAACAACUCGACGAUUUGUUCAAUAAAAUCAGAGGCUAUCGAAGUUUACUGAUAGACUGCUGCGGCAUUGACGAGUUGCGCGGCUACGAAAGCUCUCUCAACGCCGAAAUCCCAAUCAAAACCGCUGAUUUGGACCUUUUCAAGCACCCGAAAUUUUCGCCAAGCUACGAGAUCAAAGAUCGCCCAAAAGUAAAGGCAAAGUCGCGCAAAAAGACCAAAAUUAAUCAAAAUCCCCCUUCCGAAAGUUCGUAA